AUGUUGAGCACGGCGCAACAUCCGCCCGGCGCCGCCUCACAUCCAAAUUCUUACUUCACACUCGUUACAAACCCGGUUCACCUCAUGCACUCGCAGACGACAGAACGGCCACGCCCCAGUCCACACCCCUUCAACCUCUACAGCCUCGAACUCACCGACAGCAGCACAAACCUCGCCAACGCCCUCACAGCAAUGUGCCUCGUCCCCGGGCCCCACAUCCAACACAUCACCCUACGCGGCACAGCGACAGCCUGGCUCGUAUGCUACGCGCUCCUCCAACAGACCCUAGCGACUCCGCCCCUCUCGCCAGUGCCGUGUCCGAACCUCGAACGUCUCGAGCUCAAAGACGACGACGACGACUUCGACCUCUUACUGCCACCUGAGGAGUUCUGUCAGAUGAGCACGGCGCAGAUCGUCUGGCUGUUGCUAGCGGCGCGGUACCGCGCGCUGGGCGACGCGGCGCGGGGUUUGCUGUUGCGUAUUGUUGUGCGACGUUCUGUGAUGGGGAUUGAUGAUGCGAAGGUGGAGAUGUUGGGGCUGUUCGCGGAUGUGGAGGUCGUCGUCGUCGAGGAGAGGGCGCGUGUGCGCGACGUCCAGAAGAUACAUGGAGGAGAGAGGGCGGGUACGGGAUCGGGGGAGGCUCGUAGGAGGAAGAAGGGCAGGGGCAGGGGUAAAGGCAAGACGAGAAAGUUGGCGUGA